AAUAAACAAACCCUUCAACAAGAACCCCCCUGACGGGCGAGAUAUCCAUUUUCUCAUUGAUUUGAUUGGAAAGUAUGAUUCCAAGUAACAGAAGGGGGAAGAUCAGAGCUCCUAGAAAGAACCUCACCAAUGAAGUUGCCUUCGAAGAGUCAUGGCAGGUGUUGGCCGAUGCCAUUAAGGAGAUAGAGAAGAAGAACGCAUCCAAGCUGUCGUUCGAGGAGCUGUACAGAAAGUCCUAUAACCUGGUGUUGAGGAAACAUGGGAAACAGCUCUAUGAAUCUGUAGCACAGUUGGUUGAAGCUCACUUGUUGGAGCUGAAGGACUCGCUGAACAACAAAUUGGCCUUGAAAGUGGACACACAUGUGUUCCUCAAAGAGGUUUCAAACAUAUGGAGUGACCAUCUGCUCUCAAUGAGAAUGGUGAGCGAUGUGCUGAUGUAUUUGGACAGGGUAUACGCAAAGGAGAAUCACCUCCCACUGAUCUACGAUGUUGGUGUGAACUUAUUUCGUGAUAACAUCGUGAAGUAUGAUAACAACCACAUUGGAAAUGCUCUGAAUUCUUUGUUAAUGGAGGAGAUCACCAAUAACCGCAAUGGAUUGAUCAUGGACAUCUUUUUGGUCAAGUCAAUCAUAACAAUGUUUGAAUCUUUACAAGAAGAGGAGAGAAACCUCCAGACAGGCGAAAAUUACUACACUAAGUACUUUGAACCAUACUACUUGGAAAAGACUUUGGAGUACUACACCAAGAUUAGUAAUGAACUCUUUGCAUUGGGUAACGGGUUAGUGUACAUCCAAAAAGUUGACACUCUGAUAACGAACGAACAGGACAAGUGUGUCCUAUAUCUUCCAAAAAAAACGUAUGAUAAAUUGAUCUCAUUGGUCGGUAAUGCACUCAUAACAGUGAACAUAGACAGGGUCAUGAGAUUCCACGCCGAGGGGUUAAGAACUUGGGUAUUGGAUAACAGAAUUGAUGAACUCAAACUGCUGUACAAUUUAUUACUGAAAGUUGAUUAUCUAGAUGGAUUUCUGGAGCAACUUCAUGAAAUCAUCAUGGAAGAAGGUAUGUCAUUUGAUACACAUGAUAACCAGCUGCUUGAAGAAGCUCCUACACACUCAAAGCCUAAGGGGAAACAUAGCUCGUCAAAGAAGGCAGCAUCCCAAGCAAUAGUAUGGGUGGAAAAGGUGAUCUCACUCAAAGGCAAAUAUGAUACCAUCCUCAAGAAUUUGAACAAUGAUUCAAGUAUCCAAAAGACUAUUGAUAAUGCAUUUGUCGAGCUUUUAAACAAGAAUCCAAAGAUUUCAGAGUACUUGUCGUUGUUCAUUGAUGAAAACGUGAAGAAAUCAGCAGAUAAGUCUGAAGAUGAGUUGGAAACUAUGAUGAAUAACGCAAUCAUCGUAUUUAGAUUCAUAAAGGAUAAGGAUGUUUUCGAGAAAUAUUACAAGAACCAUUUGGCUAAGAGACUGUUGAAAUCUUACAAAGACAUCGAAAGAUCCCUCAUCUCCAAAUUCAAAAAUGAAAUUGGAUCAUCAUUCACCUCAAAACUCGAAGGUAUGUUCAGAGAUAUAAAUCUUUCAAAAGAGGUUUCAAAGAAAUUCAACAACAAGAACUUUGAGAUAAACGUGUUGACGAAAACCUUCUGGCCCAUUCAGCCACAGGAGAACUGUCAAGAAGUUGUUCUUGCCCCGCAGUUGGAAGAUUUGAGAAGUUCAUUUGCCAAAUAUUACCUACAACUGCACCAUGGAAGAAACUUGAGCUGGGCCUAUAACUUUGGGUCUGUUGAUAUCAGAAUCCAGUUCGAAAAGAAAAUCCAUGAGCUGAACAUGUCUUUAUAUUGUGGCCUUAUAGUAUUGCUUUUUGAAGAACAUGACUCUUUGACUUUUGAACAAAUUGAAAUGUUGACGAAGAUACCUAAGACUGAUCUUGUGAGAAGCUUGCAAUCGGUGGCAGUGGCACCUCGUACAAGAAUCUUGACAAAGAAACCAAUGUCCAAAGAUAUCAAACCUGGUGACGUUUUCAGAUUCAACUAUUCAUUCUCAGCUCCUAUGACGAAAGUCAAAGUGCUCACAGUGGCCAACAAAGUUGAAACGGAUUCCGAAAGAGCAAAGACCAUUGAGAAGGUUGACGAGGACCGUAAGUAUGAGUUGGAUGCUGCAAUUGUUAGAAUUAUGAAAAGUAGAAAGACCUUGUCACAUAACGAAUUGAUUGUUGAGACGGUGAAACAGAUCACGAGGUUUAAACCGUCACCACAGUUCAUCAAGAAAAGGAUAGAUGCUCUGCUGGAAAGAGAGUAUCUCCAAAGGGAUGAAAACGACAGAAGUACAUACCACUACUUGGCAUGAUUUUAUAAAUAGAAU